AUGAACGGGCUCCGGGCGAACGGCGGCGGCGGAGGAGGUGGAGGGCUGCUGCGGCGCGGGCGACUGAGACGCCGCCGCCCGCCCCCGCCUCACAGCGGCUCGGUGUUGGCUCUGCCGCUGAGGCCGCGGAAGAUCCGGCGGCAGCUGCGCCGGAGCGGGGCGGCGUCGCGCGGCGUGAGGGCCCGCACGCCGCCGCCGCCGCCGUCGGAAGAGUCGGAGGAGUCGCCGCCGCGCGUGGAGCCAGCGGACGGCGCGACAGCGUCGGCGUCGCUCGCGGACGCGGCCCCCUCAGCGCCUCCGGGCGGCGACGGGGACUCUCCGUUCCGGCGCGUGCUGGCCGAGCUGCAGCGCCUCCCCAGCAGCCGGCGGCGGGCGGCGCGCCUGUUCGAGUGGCUGGUGGCGCCGCUGCCGCCCGAGCACUUCUUCCGGCGCCUGUGGGAGCGCGAGGCGGUGCUGGUGCGGCGCCAGGACCCCGCCUACUACGCCGGCCUCUUCGCCACGGCCGACCUGGACGCCGCGCUGCGCGCCGGGGAGCUGCAGUUCGGCCUGCACCUGGACGCGGCGCGCUACCGCCACGGCCGGCGCGAGACGCUGCACCCGCCGGGCCGCGCGCUGCCGCACGCCGCCUGGGCCCUGUACCGCGCCGGCUGCUCGCUGCGCCUGCUGUGCCCGCAGGCCUUCUCGGCCGCCGUGUGGCACGUGCUGGCCGUGCUGCAGGCCCAGUUCGGCAGCAUGGCGGGCGCCAACGCCUACCUCACGCCGCCCGGCUCGCAGGGCUUCGCGCCGCACUACGACGACAUCGAGGCCUUCGUGCUGCAGCUCGAGGGCCGCAAGCGGUGGCGCGUGUACCGGCCGCGCCGCGCCGCCGAGGAGCUCGCGCUGCUGCCCAGCGCCAACCUCGGCCCCGACGAGCUGGGCGAGCCCGUGCUGCAGGCCGUGCUCGAGCCGGGCGACCUGCUCUACUUCCCGCGCGGCUUCGUGCACCAGGCCGAGUGCCCGGACGGCGCGCACUCGCUGCACCUCACGCUGUCCACCUACCAGCGCAACUCGUGGGGCGACUUCCUGGAGGCCGCGCUGCCGCUGGCCGUGCAGGCGGCCGUGGACGAGGACGUGGAGUUCCGCCGCGGCCUGCCCCGCGACUUCAUGGACUACAUGGGCGCGCAGCACGCCGACUCCAAGGACCCGCGCCGGGCCGCCUUCGCCGAGAAGGUGCGCGUCCUGGUGGCCCGCCUGGCCCACUUCGCGCCCCUGGACGCCGUGGCCGACCAGCGCGCCAGGGACUUCAUCCACGACUCGCUGCCGCCGGUGCUGACGGACCGGGAGCGCGCGCUCAGCGUCCACGGGCUGCCCGUGCGCUGGGAAGCCGGCCAGCCCGUGCACGCGGGGGCCCAGCUGACGACGGACACGCAGGUGCACAUGCUGCAGGACGGCCUGGCCCGGCUCGUCGGUGAGGGCGGCCGCCUGCUGCUCUACUACACGGUGGAGAACUCGCGGGUCUACCACCUGGAGGAGCCCAAGUGCCUGGAGAUCCACCCGCAGCAGGCCGACGCCGUGGAGCUCCUGCUGCGCUCCUACCCGGAGUUCGUCAGGGUCGGGGACCUGCCCUGCGACAGCGUGGAGGACCAGCUGACCCUGGCCACCAUGCUCUACGACAAAGGGCUGCUGCUCACCAAGAUGCCUCUCAGCUGA